AUGGUUGGAAAAACCAAAAAAUACACCAGUAACGUUAAGAAGAAAACGUUGAAUCCAGUCUGGAAUGAAAAGUGUACGAUCGAACUGCCGAGAGAUGAGGAACUACUGGAGAUUUCAGUCUGGGACCACGACGUUUUCUCACGCAACGAUUUCAUUGGCUGUCUCUCUCUGAGUCGCAAACAACUUAUAGAUCAUAGUAAUGAUCCUCAGUUCGAUGGUUGGUUCAAGUUAGAAAAAGUUUCUCAGGGGUCAAUUCAAUUAAAGAUUCGUGUGUUUGUGAACGAGAUGCCAGCUGCAGAACCCAACAUGACUUCAUCAGCUUCUCAACCAUCAGCACUUCAUUCAAAUGAUUUACUUGCGUCACCACUUUCCAGCCACCGACAGCUUUCAUCAAAAUUUUACAAUGCUGACGCCACAAGUAGUGACGAGAACAGUCCUGGAGCCAACCAUCUUUCAAACUAUCAGCAAGUUAAUGCUCUCUUAGCUAGCCAGCAUCGUGGUUCUCCGAGCGCCAAAUGUCGACUACAGAACCAAAUUAAUUCCCGACUGAAACCAUUAAAUAACGGAUCGAUCAGAAGUUUGAUGAACGAUUCCAGCAGUUUUCGAAGAGAGCACUUGAGGGGAAGUAUGAAGAAGGUGGCCGCCUUGUUAUCAAAGGCUAAAAGCUCCAAGGAAGAACUGCCUACUAUAUCAAGUAGUCUGUACAAAGGCAUCACUUUUGAAAUAUAUCUAAUUGAGGGUCUGCCUUCCGUUUCACAACAUCUGCAAUGUGUCGUCAAACUCAAAAGUGUCCAAGGUGGACAAAGGAAAAAACUGUUGGCGAAAUCAUCCCAGUUUAUUCCUUCUGAUCCUAUGGUUAUGAACUUCAAAUUUACGGUAGAUGAGCGUUGUGGGGAGAAGAAGGAGUCCCUUCUCUUCAUAUCUAUUAAGUCGGGCUUUUUCAGCCAUUUGGCCAAAGUUGAUUUUCCUCUUGAAGCAAUAUUACCUGCUAAACCGGAACACAAGCAGUCCACUCUGAUUACAGUAGACAACAUCCAGAUACACGUCAAUUGUUCUUACCAAGAAAUACUCGAUGGAAACGAUAUGUCAUAUAAAAGAAGUAGGAAGAAAUCUCAGUGA